CUCUUAGAUACAUGGAAAGCAACCACACACACAUAAAUACAUUUAUUCCUCUAUAUAAGGCAAACCAAUUCCAUAUACAUAUUGCACUCACAACUACUACACUCUCCCCUUAAUUAGCUUCUAUAAAUCUUCCAUUAUUAUUAUAAUAAUAAUGGCUCGCUCUCUUCCUUUGCUUUCCACCAUUUUUGUCCUUCUUUUGCUUCUAGUGGCCACUGAGAUGGGACCAAUAACGGUGGUUGAAGCUAGAACUUGUGCGUCUCAAAGCCAUCGCUUCAAAGGAGUGUGUUUGAGCGACACAAAUUGCGCCUCCGUUUGCAAAACGGAGGGCUUCCCUUCCGGGGACUGCCACGGCUUUCGCCGCCGAUGCUUCUGCACCAAGCAUUGUGCUUAAACAGACAUCUUAUUAGUCAAUAAUUUUCAUGGAUGAAGAUGAUGGAUCUAUCAUCUUUUAAUCCUCAUCAUGCAUGUGUUAUAAACUUUUGUGUUUUAAGAAUAAUAAUGUUGUGCACUUUGGGUUUGUUUAUUUAAUUUGUCUAUCUCUCUCUCUCUCUCAUGUUUUUCUAGCUCUUUUGAGUUUUGAAUGUAUGGGUAAUAUUCAUGGUUCUAUUAUUAUUUCUUUUUUAUUUUUACUUUUUUUCUAAAGAUAGAGACUCGAACCCGCAACUCCUAAGUGAGUAUGAAGAUCGAAGAGACUAUGUCAUUUGAACUAUAUAUUAUUGUUAUUGUUAUUAUUA